AAAAUGGAUAGAAAGUGCUCGUAACAUGUUGGUACCUUUUUGUGAGUUAGUCUGAGUAAUGUGGAGCUUUAUAAAGGAUCUAAGCUGCACAAGUUAUUUAAAUAAGCGUAAAAAGGCGUACGCACGCACGCGCGCGCACACGCGCCCACUCCUGCGCACACACACACACACACACACACGCGCUCACGCACGCGCGCCUCGAGUCGGGCAUGUCGGGCUGCGUAUCUGCGACAAAAGUUUGGGAUCGGAGGAGUGUCGCGGGUUCGGAUCCGGUGAGGAUGCAUUACUGAACGGAUCUGCACAUUAGUGCUGUGUGCUGCUGUUCAGGGCCUGGGUAUGACUGUCUAAAUAGGAGGAAUUUGCUUGAUCCGGGUUCAUGUUGUUCAUCAGAUCUGCUCUCCAAGUCUGUUUUGCUUUUAACUUGGAAACUUGGGGUUCUCUGAUAUCAUGGUGAGCUGGAUCCUUACAGUGUUUAACUCCAGGCAUGGAAAAGUAAAGGUCUGAUCAAAAAGUAAAAUUCAGGAUUGGCACCAUGUUGAAGACCCUGACUAAAAAGCUUAGAAGACAGUCUCUCAAUGAAAUCCAUCCUUUCCAACUGAAGGUCAGUAAACAUAUUUCCUACCAUGGCAGUGAGGAGGGUGGAGAGAGUGAAGAUUCAGAGGGAGAGAACCAAGAGCUGGCACAGAUCGAUAGAGAACGACGCAGAAACUGUGUUCUGACCCCCCUGGCCACCAGUCAGCAGCCUAAUCAAAGUCUCCUCUCCCCGGGUCGUGUGAGGCGUGUACGCCUGCGUCUAGAGCCCACCAUAGAGCGUCAUAGCUCAGAGGAAGAGCUGGAGCACAUUGCAGGCAUUGCGGGCACUCCGGGCACUGAGGGUGGGCGCAGAUGGCACCGGCACGGUGAGGUCAGCAGCACCUCCAGCGACGAGGAGGUGAAGGACCUGUGUGAACCCAACGCCUCGCCCAGCCCGGUGCUGUUCAGCUCGUCUCCACCUCGUGGACUCAAACCCACACACACCCCGACACGGCUUCACGCCAGGCCCAUCAUCCUCAGCCAUUUCGAGCAGCCUGCCGUUCCAUACUGGAGGCACCGGAGAGAAGCUGGUCGGCCGAGUCUAGACCUGGAGAAGAUGCAACAGAAAAUGCUCCUGAAAAAGAACUGCGGUGGCAAAACAAGGACAAUCAAGAUCCGGAACCUGAAUGGCAGUCGUCACCCUCCCAGAUACUCCUAUGAUCCGUCCAUCUUUGCCUUCCGUUCCCUAAGUACAGCUCCUCCGUGCAGCCCCCUGCUCUCAACCGACGAGCCUCCAUGUGCUUGAGGAUAUCACCGGAAAAACCCUUCAGAGACUAAAUAGCACAGCUUAGACCAGGCAGACUUCCAUGUUAAGAUGUUAGGUUAAAGGCAACGUCCACUGGAUCUGAACCUGAACACAGUGCUCAUGUAGAAAAACAUGAAGUCGAGUUAUUCCAGAAGAAACAGUAAGAUGUAACAGUAACAGUAGACCAGUCUUCCCCUUUUGCUUUUUAAUUGUAUCUCAGGAAAAUCCUUUCUACAAUAACAAGGCUGUGGCUAAUGUGUGAUGACCGAGAUGCAACCAGGAGAAUUAAAUAUGAUGAAACAUAAUUGGUGCAGCAAUGAUGAAGUUAAUAGAAAGGGUUUUUUGCUCAAAGGUAUUAUAGCAAAAGCUACGUCUGUGUCCACACUGCAACUGAUUCAUACUGAUUUCUUCUAUCCAGCUCAAACAAGCUAUGAUUUGAGUGCACUUGAAUCACUUCAGCUUCUCCACUAUCUACAUAUAAUUUGCAUUAAACACUGUAGUUCAUGUAGGUGGGGGUUAUCAAAUAAUGUAAAAGCAGGAAGGCAUUACAGGAAACAAUAAACAAAGAAAAACAGAUAUAGGUUUAGCAAAGGCGAACCAUCAUGGCCUUCUAAAUAAUAAGUAAGCAGUUCUAAUUUUAUCUACUCAGAAUUUGACAAUCAAAAUUUCAACACAUACAAACUAUGCAAAUAAAUCAUUAAUACACCGAGCAGCCAUUACAUUAAAAGCACUUUGUAGUUCUACAAUUACUGACUGUAGUCCAUCUGUUUCUCUGCAUGCUUUGUUAGCCCCCUUACAUGCUGUUCUUCAAUGGUCAGGACCCCCACAGGACCACCACAGAGCAGGUAUUAUUUGGGUGGUGGAUCAUUCUCAGCACUGCAGUGACACUGACAUGGUGGUGGUGUGUUAGUGUGUGUUGUGCUGGUAUGAGUGGAUCAGACACAGCAACGCUGCUGGAGUUUUUAAAUACCAUGUCCACUCACUGUCCACUCUUAUUAGACACUCCUACCUAGUUGGUUCACCUUGUAGAUGUAAAGUCAGAGACGAUCGCUCAUCUAUUGCUGCUGUUUGAGUUGGUCAUCUUCUAGACCUUCAUCAGUGGUCACAGGACGCUGCCCACCUGGCGUUGUUGGCUGGAUAUUUUUGGUUGGUGGACUAUUCUCAGUCCAGCAGUGACAGUGAGGUGUUUAACCCCAUCAGCAUUGCUGUGUCUUAUCCACUCAUACCAGCACAACACACACUAACAUACCACCAAAGUGCUUCUAUAUGGUAAGUGGAGCUGAUAAAAUGGACAAUGUGUGUAGAAACAAAGAGGUUUUAAUGUUAUGGCUGAUCAGUGUACAUUAAAGAAGCACCUUUGUCUUUCGAUUAGAGCUUUGUUGCCUCUGCUGUUGCUGGAAAGAACAUUGGUGAUCAGUGGUUCAGCUUUAAAUGUAGACAGGGCCAAGCAAUAGUAAUUCAAUAGAAGACCAAUUUCAGAUCAAAGUAAAAUUGACUGUAUUGAUCAUAUCUUUUUUCUAAAUGGGAGGGCUUUGUUAUUGCUAAUUUUAUGACAAGUUCCACCCACUGUGAAGACACCAAACUUAUUACAAUUGAGAAGGAAUUGUUGAUUAUUUUUAAAGCAAAAGAUACGUUGCAUGACCUGCCAUCAGCCAUGCAAAAGGACAGAAGAAUGGACAUGUUUUUUUAAGUAAUGCGCUGAUCAAGGGUCAGUUAUUUAAAUCUUAAAUCUUAAAAGGUCGUCAUGCCAAUUAAUUUGAUUUUGGUUGCUGCUGACACUCUUGGCUGCUUGGCUGUUAGAGGGUUGAAGUUGAGUCACGGUUCAGUAUUGAGGUUUAGUGUCAUUUUGGAAUACAAUUAUGUAGGCUGUCAAUGCAUUGAGACUGCUUCCUUGGGGAAAAAUAACCUAGACGGCUUGGGCUCAAGCUGGGAACUACACAGGAGUUGCCAAAAGUGCCCAAAAUACAGCCACAAAAUAAAAAGCCAUUCAGAAACCUUCUAAAUCAAAGCCCUGUAUGUAAAGACGCAUAACGUGUUAUAAAGAGCACAAAACAUAGACCACUAUGUGGUUUACUCUGGUAUAUAACAGACAAAUCUGUCAGGUAUAAAGAAGAAUAUCUGUAAAUUUCCCUUUUAAGGUCUUCCUGCAGUGUGAAUGUAGCCCAUGGUUCCUCACAUUAAGAUGCUGCAACAGAAUAAUAAUAAAGAUCCAUGCUUGUA